AUGUCUUUCAAAAUAAUAUCUUUCGCAGCCUUUUUGGCAGUGGCUCAAGCUGGAUUUCUUCCAGAAACCUACCAGUAUGCUGCACCUGUCUCUAAAGUAGCAUACUCAUCUGCCCCAGCUGUAUCAUAUUCCAGCGUAUCAACUCCCGUAGCCUACGCAGCUGCUCCAUCUUAUGCUAAACUAGCUGCUCCAGCCUCAUACGCUGCCCCAGCUCAUUAUGCAUCAUUGCAGUACGCUGCACCUGUCGCUAAAGUAGCAUACUCGUCAGCCCCAGCUGUAUCAUACUCCAGUGUAUCAACACCCGUAGCCUACGCUGCUGCUCCAUCUUAUGCCAAACUAGCUGCGCCAGUCUCAUACGCUGCCCCAGCUCAAUAUGCACCUUUGCAGUACGCUGCACCUGUCGGUAAAGUAGCAUACUCAUCAGCUCCAGCUGUAUCAUACUCCAGUGUAUCAGCUCCCGUAGCCUACGCCGCUUCUCCAUCUUACGCUAAACUAGCUGCACCAGUCGCAUACGCUACCCCAGCCCAUUAUGCUGCCCCAGCUGUAUCCUACGCUGCUCCAGCAUACAAAGUAGCCGCUCCAGUACACAAAACCAUCAUCGCAGAACCUGAAGCACCAGCUAACUACGAUUUUGGAUACGCCGUAAAUGACCCCCAUACCGGAGACAGCAAAAGCCAGCAAGAAUCUCGUCAUGGUGAUGUUGUCCAUGGAAGCUACUCCCUUGUUGAAGCCGAUGGAAGCAAACGUAUUGUAGAAUACACCGCUGACGCCCACAAUGGUUUCAACGCCGUUGUCCACAAGGAACCAGCGCAGGUUGCUCUUAAAUCCGUUGUAGCUAAAGUCGCUGCUCCAGUUGCUUAUGCCGCUCCUGUAGCUAAAUUCGCUGCUCCAGUCCAAUAUGCCGCGCCAUUGGCCCAUGGAUCUUACUACCACUAA